GUUACCUGUUGAGCCUGAUGAUCUAGCCAGCUUUCUAUCCACCUUACAGUCCAGCGGGAUGCCCUGCUGGCAGGUCUCACCCGUUAAGACACCAGACUCCCCAAGGAAGGAGAGUCCUGGGGAAAGCCAGAGCUCAGCAGAGACCUUCUCAAUGCUUCCCUGUGUGUGCAUUUACUAGUGGAAUUGCCCCCCCGCUUUUCUCCCAGGCCUGCUGCCAGCGAUUUGGAGGGGGGAGGCUUCUCAGCCUGGGAGAAGAUGAACCAGCCCAGCUGAAGAUGGGAAAAACCUAUUGGUUCCCCUGGCCCUUCCCCAGUAGGGGAGUGGCUGAAGACUGUCUGUUCCCAUCACACCCCAGUGCCUUCUCUGCACUCAUGCUGUGGCCAGCCGGGCUGCCCUUUCCCCAGAGCCUGGGCUGCAGGAGGGAAAGGGCACAACCUGCCGAAUGCCAAAGGAGGUGAUUACAUUGGCAGAGGAGCAGUUACUCCCCUUGCGAAUCCGGGGAUCCGGUCGCCAGUCUGCAGAGAGCGCUGCCAUGUACGUUCUGUCCCAGUGUGGGCAGCGACAGGGAACGUCAACACACUAAUCUUCUCAUCGCUUCGACCAACCUGAAGUUCAGCUACUACGAGGCCCAAGGAGCAAUAGGUCUGAAGAGGACUGAAUUGUAACAAAGCACUUGCCAUAGUCGCUGAACAUGGGCAGGAAUUCAAUCCAAUCUCUCUUGGCCCCUGGUCAUGGAGCUGUGAGUGAAGUGGAGCCGAUCUCUUGCGAUGAUAGUCUGAGCUGUUCGGUUUUGUUUCCUGUGUCGGAACUGCCCGGCUUGUGGACAGGAGGCUCCGGCCUGUCCUGGGGGAGAGCGGAGGAUGAGCCCCGUGCCCCCGUCUGCAGCGUCGCCCGGCUGUUGUCACGCGGUACAGGCUGACCCCGUUCCGACCUGCCACCGGCACUGAGCGGAAGGAUGAAUGCUUCCGGGGAUGCAGAGAGCAUCCGGAGGUGCAUCAUCUGGCUCUCAGGCCCACUCUCGCUCGUCAUCAUCCUGGCCAACCUCUUCAUCAUCCUCGGGAUCCUCUGCAACCGGAAGCUGCCCAGAGCCGCCAGCUGGUUCUUUCUCAGCCUCCUAUUUGCUGAUCUCCUGGCCGGGGUGGCCCUGCCCUUCAUCCCCAGGAUGCAGUUUGAGAUUAGCCGGGGCUACCACAGCUGCUUCUUCGUUCACGUGACCCCCAACUACUUCUUCCUCGCCUUCCUGGCCAACCUGCUGGCAGUGCACUACGAGAAGUACCUGUGCAUCCGCUACCCGCUGCACUACCACCACUUCUGGGUGCACCGCUGGGUGCCCCUCUGCCUGCUGCUGACCUGGGCGCUGCCUUUGCUCUUUGCCUGCCUGCCGGUGCUGGGGUGGAACCAGUGGGGACCCAACUCCAACUGCUCCUACAAACAGAUCUUCCCCCCUGCCUACCUCUACCUGGAGAUCUACGGCUUCCUCAUCCCCUCCAUCCUGGCCUUGGCCUUCAUGUCCACCCAGAUGCUGCGGGUGGCCAGGCACCAGCUGCAGGAGAUCAAGAAGGUGCUGCGCUCCGUGCACCAAGGCCAGGGCCCCUCGGAGCUGGAGCAGCAGCUGGAGCUGAGGCACGCCAAGUGCAUCGCCAGCCUCUUCCUGAUCUUCCUGGUGUGCUGGGUGCCCUACGUGGCCGGCCUGCACGUCUCGGUGCUGGCCAUCCAGAACCACAUCUCCAUUGACAAAAACACCCUCCUCAUCCUCACCUGCGUGGGCAGUGGCAGCGCCGCCGUGGUACCCAUCAUCCUGGGGCUUAGCAACCGCCAGUACACCCAGUUCUGGAGGGACAUGGCGGCCAAGGGCUACGCUGGCUGCAGGGCGCGGUGCUGCGAGCGAGGGGAGGCCGGACGCCACCAGGAUGGGACGUCACAGAGCAGGGCCCCUUGUCCUCCGGCAGAAGGGCUGGCUUCAGCUCCCAGCUGAUGUCCUGGCCCCUGUGAUGGAGACGCCAAACCUGCGACCGUGGCCUCUUGCCACAACAAGACAAGGCUGGGAUUCACUGGAGAUGCAGCCGCUGGGGGGUCAACGUGGACCUUCCGGAGGGAUCCAGUGAUUUACUGGGCCGUUAUAUUUUAAUGACUGAGGCGGGUAGGUAACCUCAUCCUCCCCCGCCCACACACAGAGGCUGGGCUGGUCAUUGCUGUUUUCUGCACUUUGGUUGGUCUAAAGAGCAAGCGUGGGUCUCAUGCUCCGUCCAAUCAGAUUUCGGUACGUUCGUUUU